GCGCUUUAAUCUUUUUUCUAAGACUACUUCGGACUCGAUACAACCUUUCUUCUUAUACUUUGCUUCAAGUUACAAGUUUUCAUUCUACAUUAGAAUGGUUUUCACCACAUUGUUAUUUUGAUUCAGGACUUUGUGUGCAUUCACCACGUCUAAGAACUAUAGUUUCAUCGAAUUGGCCUGAUAUUAUCGAAGCCACACCAUAUACAAUUUUUUUUUUUUGAAGAAGAAGAAGAAGAAGAUCAAUGAGCAUGCCAGUACAUUGUCUAUAUAUAUAUAUAUAUAUAUAUAUAUCAAAUGAUUUGAAACGCAUGUGUUUUCUCAUCGACUAUUGUUUGAAAUGUACAACCGUGCUAUUAUUCUUCUUCUAAAACCGAAUAUCCAUCUCUCUGUGUGUGUGUAUGUGUGUGAUGCGCAAAAGUAUUGUGCUUAGUGCGUGAGAUGACACCAGAAGUGACAGGUGCGUUUUAUAAAAUCAGUGCUCAAUUUUCCCACAAAUUUUUGAUGAAAAAAUGAGCUAAUGUGUCAACAAUUUUAGUGUAUAUAAAAUAUAUAAUCGAUAAUAAUAGAAAAUAUGGCCAAGGACGAAGGCGAUGACCUUUUACCUGACAAAGACGCUGCAAAGGGAUUUUAUGCAAAAUAUGAACCUAAAGAAAUUCUCGGAAGAGGAAUUUCGUCAACAGUUAGAAGGUGCAUAGAAAAAGAAACAGGUAUUGAAUAUGCAGCAAAAAUAAUAGAUAUAAGUAAUGAACCUCAUGAUGGCACUGAUUUGCACACUAUGAAAGAUGCAACAAUGCAAGAGGUGCACAUUCUACGUAGAGUGGCUGGUCAUCCAUUUAUAAUUGAAUUACACGAUGUAUUUGAAUCGAAUACCUUUAUUUUCUUGAUAUUUGAACUAUGUAAAAAUGGCGAACUAUUUGAUUAUCUCACGUCAGUUGUUACAUUGUCAGAAAAAAAGACUCGUUAUAUCAUGAGACAGGUAUUUGAGGGAGUACAACAUGUGCACAAUGAAGGAAUUGUACAUCGUGAUUUAAAACCAGAAAAUAUUCUGCUUGAUGAUAGUUUAAAUGUCAAAAUUACAGAUUUUGGCUUUGCUAGAAUGUUAAAUGCUGGCGAAAAACUUUAUGAUUUAUGCGGUACUCCAGGAUAUUUAGCACCAGAAGUGCUUAAAUGUAAUAUGUUCGAAAAUGCGGAAGGUUAUACUAAAGAAGUUGAUGUAUGGGCUUGUGGAGUAAUAAUGUAUACAUUAUUGGUAGGCUGUCCACCUUUUUGGCAUCGAAAGCAAAUGGUUAUGCUUAGGAAUAUUAUGGAGGGAAAAUUUUCGUUUACGUCUCCAGAAUGGGCCGAUAUAACUGAUGCUCCAAAGGAUUUAAUUAGAAAAUUAUUAGUCGUUGAUCCAAAGAAGAGGAUAACAAUAAAAGAAGCUUUGGAACAUUCAUUCUUCCACACUGUGUUGUGGGACCAAGACAUCGCUCCCUUAAAGCGUUCUCUGUCUUCUAAUUCGAGACGUCUGAGUAGGAUAUCUCAAUUAGCUUUGGAACUCAAGGCAAAAUCAUUUAAUGCAAGGAAAAAAUUUCAACUGGCAAUUCUUUGCAUCCGAGCGGUUAUUCGCAUUAAAAGAUUACACACAACUCCAGAGCCUCUUUCUAUAAGUGUAGCAUGUGAUGAUCCAUAUAGAAUCAAGGUUCUACGAAAGGUGAUUGAUGGAUGUGCAUUCCGUGUUUAUGGUCAUUGGGUGAAAAAAGGAGAAGGACAAAAUCGAGCAGCACUUUUUGAAAAUACACCAAAGACAGAUCUUAAACAUUUGUAUGUGACUAAUUUGAGUAGAUAGCCAAUAUUACAAUGAAGCGAAGCUUAUUAUAAAUAGUUAAAUUUUUCAAGUACUUUAUUUAUAGUUUAAUAACAUUUUUUUUUCUU